AAUCUAACCGUCAUAACGAGGAACCCCAUAGAGCUCACAUACACCUGGCAGUAGAGGAUAAAUGCCCACCAACACCGUCUCUUCUUCGCUCCAAAGCGAACGGGAAUCAGAGUCAAUACCAACCUACGAGAGGAGAAGAAAUAUAACGACAACCUUAGGGUAGUCGCACACGACUAUACCCCAGGGGCCAGUUCCACCGAGACGGAACCACUUUAAUUCUCAUCAUAUUUUCUCUAUUCUUUUUCUCGAAGCAAUCAUCUUGGAGAAUUUAAUUAAAAUUUAUGAUGAUCUGCACUCGUACGAGACUCAGAAGGUGAAUCUUCAAUGCUGUACGGCCUCGAAUCGAGCAAAGCAAGAGACGAGACUUGGGGACCUAGAGUUUCUUCGCAGUUAGGGUUUUGGAUUUGACUCGAAUCAUGCUGUCGAAUCACUUACAGAACGGAAUCGAGACUGCGAGGUUAGUGUGGUCUCGGUUGCCCAACUCCGAUGAUGAGGCGCUGGACGAGGUAGGUCUCUCCAAGAAGAGUGAUGGAAGCCGUUCUGAGAGCCUUGAUUAUGAAGUCAUCGAGAAUAAUGCUUAUCGGGAAGAGCAGGCGCAGAGAAGAAAGUUGAUGGUUGGAUAUUAUGUGGGCGUGAAGUGGUUCUUUGCCCUCCUUAUUGGUAUCGGUACUGGAUUAGCUGCUGUUUUCAUCAAUAUUUCGGUCGAGAACUUUGCUGGGUGGAAGUUUCAAUUAACUUUUUCCAUAAUACAAAAAUCAUAUGUGGCUGGAUUCUUAGUAUACAUAUUAUUCAACUUGCUCUUGGUCUUUUCCUCUGUGUAUAUUGUCACGCAAUUCGCACCAGCAGCAGCAGGAUCUGGUAUUCCUGAAAUUAAGGGUUAUUUGAAUGGAAUUGAUACUCAUGGUAUCCUUCUUUUCAGAACCUUGAUUGGAAAGAUAUUCGGAAGCAUUGGUUCUGUGGGAGGUGGUCUAGCCUUGGGAAAAGAAGGUCCUCUUGUUCAUACUGGUGCCUGUAUUGCUUCUCUGUUUGGUCAAGGUGGAUCCACAAAAUAUCAUCUUAGUUCAAGGUGGCUACAAGUUUUUAAGAGUGAUCGGGAUCGACGCGAUCUUGUAACAUGUGGGUGUGCAGCUGGAGUGGCUGCUGCUUUCAGAGCUCCAGUUGGAGGUGUAUUGUUUGCAUUGGAAGAGGUGACAUCAUGGUGGAGGAGUCAACUCAUGUGGCGUGUCUUUUUUACUUCUGCUGUUGUGGCUGUUGUGGUGCGAACUGCAAUGGGAUGGUGUAAGAGUGGAAAGUGUGGACAUUUUGGCUCAGGUGGCUUCAUAAUAUGGGACAUAUCAGAUGGUCAAGAGGACUACUCGUUUGAGGAAUUAUUGCCGAUGGCAAUUAUUGGUGUUAUUGGAGGUCUUCUUGGAGCCUUGUUCAACCAGCUUACUAUUUAUAUUACUUACUGGCGCCGAAAUUAUUUGCACAAGAAAGGGAGCCGAGUGAAGAUGAUUGAAGUCUGCCUUGUGUCCCUGAUAACUUCAGUUAUUUCCUUUGGAUUGCCACUUCUAAGAAAAUGCAGUCCAUGCCCUGAAGUAGAACUUAAUUCUGGCAUUGAAUGCCCCCGUCCUCCAGGGAUGUAUGGGAAUUAUGUAAAUUUCUAUUGUCAUAAGGACAACGAGUACAAUGAUCUUGCAACAAUUUUCUUCAAUACUCAGGAUGAUGCCAUACGGAAUUUAUUUAGUGCAAAAACAAUUCAUGAGUACAGUGCACAAAGCCUAUUGACCUUUUUGGUUAUGUUUUAUUCCUUAGCAGUGCUGACGUUUGGUACUGCUGUUCCAGCUGGUCAAUUUGUUCCUGGAAUAAUGAUAGGAUCAACCUAUGGGCGUCUUGUUGGCAUGUUUGUUGUUAACUUCUACAAGAAGCUUAACAUUGAAGAGGGAACAUAUGCUCUACUUGGAGCUGCUUCUUUUCUUGGAGGCUCAAUGCGAAUGACAGUGUCACUUUGUGUCAUUAUGGUUGAAAUCACAAAUAAUCUGAAACUUUUACCUCUUAUCAUGCUUGUUCUUCUUAUAUCAAAGGCUGUUGGUGAUGCCUUUAAUGAAGGUUUGUAUGAAGAACAGGCACGGUUGAGGGGCAUUCCUUUACUCGAAUCAAGACCUAAGUACCAAAUGAGGAAAAUGACUGCAAAAGAGGCCUGUGGCAAUAAAAAGGUUGUAUAUUUCCCUCGUGUUGUUAAGGUUGCGGAUGUAGUUUCUAUUUUGCGAAGCAAUGAGCAUAAUGGUUUCCCUGUAAUAGAUCACACAAGAAAUGGGGAAAGCCUUGUAAUAGGACUCAUGCUUCGAAGUCACUUAUUGGUGCUUCUGCAGUCCAAGGUAGAUUUUCAGCAUAGCCCUUUGCCCUCUGAUCCAAGAGGUGGAGGCAAGCCAAUCAGGCACAAUUUCACUGAAUUUGCAAAACCUGUUUCCAGUAAAGGAAUCUCCAUAGAUGAUAUACAUCUAAGUUCAGAUGACCUGGAAAUGUAUAUAGAUCUUGCUCCAUUUUUGAACCCAUCCCCUUACGUUGUCCCUGAAGAUAUGUCUUUGUCAAAGGUAUACAAUCUUUUCCGCCAACUAGGAUUGAGGCAUAUACUUGUUGUCCCCCGUGCCUCUCGUGUUAUUGGUUUGAUUACCAGAAAGGAUUUGUUAAUUGAGGAUAAUGAGAAUUCAGAGACAGUGGAGCUUCAAUCGACUAGUGUAAGAGCUCGACGGCAAGAUAGGAAAGCAUCUGUGAGGGAAGCAGAUGCAGAACACCCACUUCUGAAUGGUCUUCUGGUGAAAGAGUAUUCAUCAAGCUGAUAUUCAUUGCUGUCCUAUAGUGUUCUUGAAGACCGACUAAUUCUUUACCCAGGAUCUGUGGUUCCUCCAUUUUGAUUUAGGUGAAAUCUGAUUCUUUAGCCUGCUUUGCUCCAUAGCUUCUCAGGUUCAGAUUAGGUAUUAGUCAUUAGUUAUCAACCCCGUUUGCAUGCAGGGGUUCAUGUACCACAGCCAUCUACGUUCUUGUAUCUCAUCUCAAAUCAAUUAUAAAAAAGGGAAUAAUAGCAAUACCGUAGUGGAUAGAUAGGCCAUAAUUCAUACUUGGUUGUAGUGCAUGAGAAAAAUGGCGUAGCGAUGAGGUUGCAGGUAUCUUGAAAUUUCAAUGAACCGAGGUUUAUAGGUAGAAGUAGAACGCAUCUUGAUUUUCAAUGGGGGAUGGGACUUGGGAAUGCGUUGCUUGUAACAUGAUAAGUCCAAUAUUCUGAUAUUGAAAUGUGCAGCAAAUAUUUAAGGUUU